AUGGCCAGGGUACCAUGGGUGGUGUCGGCACUGGUACUGCUUGUGUUCUGCUCUCCAGGGGCUUCCUCAGCCCCCAGCGGACACCUGUGUGGUUACCACCUGGUGGAUGCCCUCUACUUCGUAUGUGGAGAGAGGGGGUUUUUCUACAAUCAAAACCGUAUCCACAAACGAGAUCUGGAACAGCUUCUUGGGUUCCUGUCUAAACGGGUCAGACAGGAAGUGCAGCAGUGGAGAGUUCUGUCAGGCCGGGAUGAACCCAAGGUGAAAAGAGGCAUCGUGGAGCAGUGCUGCCAUACCCCGUGCAGCAUUCACCACCUGGAGGGCUACUGUGACUGA